AUGGCGUUGUUGGGCACCUUUCUGGUGUUGACACUCUUACAGCCACUGGUCCUGUCUGCUGGUUUAACAUCACACGUAAAUCUCUUCUUGGGCACAGAAAAUGGGGGGAAUAACUUCCCUGGUGCCGCGCGACCGUUUGGGAUGGUAAAGCUAGGCCCUGACCUGUUUAUCUCAGGAACAGAUGCCUAUUCAGGCUACCUUCCCAAUGGUAAAUUCUCCGGCUUCAGCAUGAUGCAUGAACAAGGUACCGGGGGCGCGCCCAAGUACGGAACAGUUUCCCAGCUGCCCUUGAUCGGAAACAUCAGUAAUCCCCUAUCGAACAAGACUGUCGCCCGGGCAGGUACUGAUGAGGCGUCUGUGGGCUACUACAAGGCGCAGACGUCCGAGGGAACCAUUGUCGAGCUGAGCGCAUCAGCUCAUGCGGGAAUGUAUCAGUAUACAUUCCCCAAAGGAUCAACGGGAAAUGUCCUGGUUGAUGUUUCACACAUCCUUCCCUCAUUUCGAGGCCAAGGGCUUGGGCAAGGGUACAAAGGUGGAAACAUCACUAUCUUUCCCGAUGGGCAUUACGAGGGCCAGGGUGUGUAUGAUAACGGCUGGAAUCGUUCACCAGAUUGGUCGAUCUAUUUCUGUGGUUAUUUUGAUGCUGCUCCAGUUCGUAACCGUACAUACACUGGAAGUGAUGCGGAAGGAAGUGUCGAGCAGAUCAGCGGACUUGCAUCGUCAUCCUCGAGUACAACCCGUGUCGGAGGCUUGUUUACCUUCCAACAAAAUGUAGUUACCUCGCGUGUCGGUAUCUCGUGGCUGUCCACGGAGAAAGCAUGCAAAAAUGUCCAUGACGAAAUCCCGGAGGGUACAGAAUUCACAUCUGUUGUUCGUGACGCCCAGACUGAAUGGAACUCCAAGGUCUUCUCUAAGGUGACUACAACGAACACGAAUGAAACAAGCCUCACCUUGCUGUACACAUCCCUCUACUUCAUGCAUCUGAUCCCAACCAACCAGACCGGCGAGAACCCUGGCUGGACAUCUUCUGAGCCAUAUUAUCAGGACAUUUUCACUUAUUGGGAUCUUUUCCGUUGCUCUACUGCUCUCAUGCAAGUCCUGCAGCCCGCAGCAUAUGAAGAACAAAUUCGCUCUUUAGUCGACAUCUGGCGGUUUGAAGGCUAUCUCCCGGAUGCUCGCUCGUCGAACUACAACGGAAGAACACAGGGUGGUUCCAAUGCCGACAAUAUUCUUGCCGAUGCUUAUGUGAAAGGCGUCCGUGGAGCAGUUGACUGGGAAGACGGAUACCGGGCAAUGGUAAAAGAUGCCGAAGUGGCUCCGCCAAAUGAUCCGGUCGACUCUAUGGCACCAGACUCGUCAACCAAAGAGGGACGAGGCGCACUGCCGGACUGGCUUAGUCUCGGAUUCAUCACACCGAAAUACAGCCGUGCCGUCACUCGGGCAGUGGAGUACUCUUGUAACGACUUUGGUCUCUAUCAGGUAGCGACGGGCCUUGGGAAGCAUGAAGACGCAGACAAAUAUCUGAACCGAUCACGGAAUUGGAGGAAUCAUUGGAAUUCCAACCAGACCUCGCUGGGAUUUUCCGGCUUUGUGGUUCCACGUGACAACACUGGCUUCAUCGAAACGGAUCCACUGACGGACAGUGGCUACUGGGGGGAUCCGUACUACGAGGCCAGCUCCUGGGCGUAUUCUUGGGCAAGUGUCCACGACAUGGGGCAGAUGAUCGAGAUGAUGGGCGGGGCCCAGACUGUCCUGAAGCGCUUGGACACCAUGUUCACCCAGGGGGCCAGCGGCUCUAGUGGUAUUAUCUUCGAUCCCACCAACGAACCGAUGUUCAACAUCCCGUAUCUGUACCAUUAUAUCAACCGACAGGAUCUAUCGGUUUACCGAUCGCGCAACAUCGCAAAGACCUAUUACCAUACUGGAGUUAAAGGUCUCCCUGGUAACAGCGACGCCGGUGCCAUGCAGACCUGGCUUCUGUGGAAUAUGAUUGGCCUGUAUCCCAUCACGGGGCAAACGACCUUUUUGGUUCAUUCUCCGUGGUUCGAGUCCUUGACUAUUGAGCUUGGGGACGGGAAGAAACUAAGCAUCAAUGCGACCGGCGGCGACGGGAACGGCGACAGUCAAAUUUAUGUGCAGAAGCUUCGGUUGAACGGAAAGGAUUGGAAGAAGAACUGGCUCACGUGGGACGACAUAUUUGCCCAGGGAGGAACCCUAGAAUUUGAACUUGGAGGGGCUGCCAGCGACUGGUUCACAGGCGAGUUGCCGCCCAGUCCUGCUUCCUGA